AUAAGAUGCGCAUCUAUGGAAGCUUGAACGUUUUCUAUUCUCCAGUCGGGCAACCAAUCCAAUUCAACAAAAAAAUAAUUCUUGUGAAAGCGUAGCGGACUCGGGAACUAUUGCGUCUUAGAAAUUUGAUUUCUUUGUAAAAUCAAGAUUUAAUAUACAAAACAUGUGCAUGAACUCUUGACUUUCAGAUUUUAAUUGAUAACCAAACUGGGUAAGAUGGUGUCAACGAGGCAGAUGAGUAGCGUCGGCGGCGGCGGCGCCGGCUGCGGCGAGGGAGCUGGCCCUACGCACGCGGAGCCCGCGGCCGUGUCUCGCGUGACUCGGCACUCCAGCGCCCAGCUCCCGGGGGGGUCGUCGCCGCACUCCUCGGCGCCGCCGGCGCGCUGCUCAGCGCUGGUGCCGGCGCCCAAGUCCUACUCUACAAGCUUGCUAGACUUGCCCAUUGAAAUACAGGAGAAGAUACUUCGUAUGUUGGGCUUUAAAUAUGUGUCCCAACUCAGGAUGGUGAACCGACACUUUAACACAUUGUGUAGUAGUAUAUUAAACUCUACGUUCCAACGGCUGCAGAACCAAAUGUUGCACAGAUUUCAGUCCAUCAAGGCCAAGAUGCCUCGCCGAGAGUCUGCACGGAGGAGCCACCCUCUGGCCUGCGAGUCUGACAUUAUUGAGACUUUGCACAUGCGACUGAGCCUUCUGCAGAUGACUUUUGGUAAACAUAUAGAGAGGAAACACUGCUGUUUCUUCCCCGGAGAGAUAUUGGAUGAAGUGUACAAUAUUCUAUCAUACUUGAAAACAACAACAACAAAACUAGCAAGGCCUUACAAAGUUACAGAUGAACUGUUCGAUUUGACCACCAUGGCCAUGGAGUACUUUAAGGAACACAUUGAACCUAACUUGCCAGAAAUUACGUAUUUUGGUACUGAUUUCUUCGACAUCACAACCGCAUUUUCACCCGGCGAGAGCAGUAAAUCAUACAUGUGCCUUGACUCGCCGCCGCCCAGCGGCUUCGAAUCCGGCAGCGCGGCCGCCAGCGCCGUCUCCGACCGUCGCGUUUCCAUCUCCAACCUAUUCAUGGAGGAGAGCCUGCCGCCGUCGCCGCCGCCGCCGCAGAGCAACAUGGUGCUGCGGAAACGGAUACACCGCAUUAAGCAGGGGAUGAAGAAGUACAACGACCAACUAUCCGCCUUACGUAGUGAUCUGCGCAGCUGCAAACGCAAGACCGCGCUCCAGCAAAAACAAAUCGCCGAACAACAGAAGCAGAUCGCCGAACAGCAGAAGCAAACGCUGGAUUACGCCAACCGUCUGGACGACUACGACAAGAAGAACGAGGAGACCAGUCGCAAGUUCCAGACGCUGCUGCAGGAGCUGAACAAGUGCAAGACGGAGCUGCAGUACUGGCGCUCGCGCUCGCCCGCCGUGCCGCCGCUCUGCGCCGAGUGCGGCGCCGCGCUGCAUCUCAUGCAGCCCGCUAACAUGGUGAGUGAGAGGGAGACAACACGAUACAUAGCUGAACGAGACGGAGCUGCAGUACUGGCGCUCGCGCUCGCCCGCCGUGCCGCCGCUCUGCGCCGAGUGCGGCGCCGCGCUGCAUCUCAUGCAGCCCGCCUGAACGAGACGGAGCUGCAGUACUGGCGCUCGCGCUCGCCCGCCGUGCCGCCGCUCUGCGCCGAGUGCGGCGCCGCGCUGCAUCUCAUGCAGCCCGCUAACAUGCUGAACGAGACGGAGCUGCAGUACUGGCGCUCGCGCUCGCCCGCCGUGCCGCCGCUCUGCGCCGAGUGCGGCGCCGCGCUGCAUCUCAUGCAGCCCGCUAACAUGCUGAACGAGACGGAGCUGCAGUACUGGCGCUCGCGCUCGCCCGCCGUGCCGCCGCUCUGCGCCGAGUGCGGCGCCGCGCUGCAUCUCAUGCAGCCCGCUAACAUGCUGAACGAGACGGAGCUGCAGUACUGGCGCUCGCGCUCGCCCGCCGUGCCGCCGCUCUGCGCCGAGUGCGGCGCCGCGCUGCAUCUCAUGCAGCCCGCUAACAUGCUGAACGAGACGGAGCUGCAGUACUGGCGCUCGCGCUCGCCCGCCGUGCCGCCGCUCUGCGCCGAGUGCGGCGCCGCGCUGCAUCUCAUGCAGCCCGCUAACAUGCUGAACGAGACGGAGCUGCAGUACUGGCGCUCGCGCUCGCCCGCCGUGCCGCCGCUCUGCGCCGAGUGCGGCGCCGCGCUGCAUCUCAUGCAGCCCGCUAACAUGCUGAACGAGACGGAGCUGCAGUACUGGCGCUCGCGCUCGCCCGCCGUGCCGCCGCUCUGCGCCGAGUGCGGCGCCGCGCUGCAUCUCAUGCAGCCCGCUAACAUGCUGAACGAGACGGAGCUGCAGUACUGGCGCUCGCGCUCGCCCGCCGUGCCGCCGCUCUGCGCCGAGUGCGGCGCCGCGCUGCAUCUCAUGCAGCCCGCUAACAUGCUGAACGAGACGGAGCUGCAGUACUGGCGCUCGCGCUCGCCCGCCGUGCCGCCGCUCUGCGCCGAGUGCGGCGCCGCGCUGCAUCUCAUGCAGCCCGCUAACAUGUGGGCGGCCGGCAGCAGCACGGAGCCGGAGCCGGAGGCGGCGGGCGGCAGCGGCGCGGGCACGGAGCCCGGCGCGGCCGAGGCGCCCGCCAAGCCCGCGGCGCCGGGCGGCCGGCGGGCGCCCGCCGCGCGCGCCGACUCCUCGGGCGACGAGACCUCCCCGGCCGCGCGGCGCCGCGCCUCGGCCGACGCGCACACGCCCGACCGCAAGAAGCGCCGCCUCACGCGCCCGCGCAAGCUGUGAGCCCCGCGGCGCCGCUCGCGACAUAUCCUGCAGGUAACCGUGGCCCGGACGCUCUCGACACCUCGCUGCGGCGCCGGAACGAAACCUGAACCCGGGUAUCCCCAACUGUGACUUGUGCCGGUUGCCGCGACGAGCGGACCGCCCGACCGCUUGUACUUCGUGUCGUCCCGGUGCGGCCCAUAUACCGCUCCGCGGGGAUCGUGAUCGACUUUCGAAAGCUUAAAAUAUUCUCUUUCGAUGUAAUUCGGUUCGUGUUUCGCCGGGCCGUAUCGUUUCCGAGUAACCGGUUUCAUGAAACGACCCCGCGUUCCGAAUGUAAAUUGAACCUCAAAGGAUAUCUAUAGUCGUCCGUUCGACGAAAUCUUGAUCCCAUCCUUAUAUCCGUGAGGAUAUCACGGCUCUCCUUUAUUUUUGAUUGCGCAAAUGUUCAUCAGUACUGACAUCCUAUAUGCCAUCCUAACUCGAAAACAUAACGUUAAUAGGAACCUUGUAUAUACAUGAACGUUUAUGCUCCCGAGUCGAAUAGUUAAUAUUUUAAGUUAAAAUUCAAUACUGGGCCAGAUUUUUUGCUGAGCGAGGGGUUUCUUAUUUUUUCUUCACUAUCUAUAAAUGCUAAAAAAGCUCAACAAAUAUGUAAAUUUCCAUAACCCUACCUUAAUAGUUGGACGCUCUAAAGACCACAAAACUCAAGCUUAUACAUAAUUUUGUCUAAACAAAACUCGAUUAAUAAAAUAAACAUUUCCUGGCCAAUAAAUUUAUUUCAUUGUAUGUCAAUAAUAAAUUAUGAACAACGUACAAAAUCCUAUAUUUUUUUAACUACAUUGUGGCAAGGGUUGUUGAAAUCUCGAAGCUGAUUGUAUAAUAAAACACUAACAUAUGAAAUUGAGACUUAAUUAUUAUUAAUAUGAGCUUGUAUUUUGUUAUGCAAUAAGCUUGGUAAGGAGUUUGUUGAUUCACUAAACAUGAUACUUUUAAUGUAUCUUACAUAUUCGUAUAUAAAUCUUACAUAAUUAUAAUGAUGUUAUUUUUGUUAUGAUUAGCAUUAUUGCUUUUCAUACAUCAGCACUAUGGCCUAAAGUAAAAAUAAAACAAUGUUAAUGCUGAUGCAAAAAAUGUUAAGUUUGGUAAGUAUUUCACAGACUGGCCUAUUUACUACUGAACAAAUAUCAAUAAAAACUUACUUGCGUAAUUAAGGUAUCAGAAAUGUAUCUCAGAGCAGGACCUCUACAAAUUUGUACAGUCGCUAUGCGGCCAAGGUGCUCAUAAAUAUCUGAACACACUUCUAUUGGCAUGCCGUUCGAGUCUGUUCAGAUAUUUUUGAACACCUCGGCCGCUCUGAUAUAUCUGAUGGCGACUGUAACAGUCUGUUUAAAUAAUGUAUCCAAGGUUUUUAUUUAUUUCUCCACUUUAUCAGACAUUUCCAAAACUAUCAUCAAACGACUUACCUUUUAUUUUUAUGUUAUAAGUAGUUAAGAUUUCAUUCUCAGGUCGUACACGGAAUAAUAAUUUUCUCUUUCAUUCCCAAAAGUUAUGGGAACCUAACUCCUGGUUUAGACAUAUUUUGGCUAAACCACCCCAAUCUAACGCAUGUAACUUCUCUGGAGUUGCAGGCUUUUACAGGCUGCAGAGACUGCUUACUAUCAGGCGGGCCGUAUGCUUGUUAGUCACCGACGUAGUAUUAAAAAAAAGUGGUUUUUGCUUAUAUCUUAUUAAGUAUUUGUUACAUCAAUCCUUUUCACUUUUGGGAACAGAAGAGACAAAUUAGAACCUAAAUCGGUGUAUGACUCACACUUAAAAUCUUCUGUAGAUAUGUAUGCUUUAUAUUUAUAUCAAAUUCUGUAAUGUUCAGAAAUUUCAAACAUAUUUGCAAUAAUGAAAAAAAAAAAAACCUAAUUUAUUUAUAACUUAUGUCCUUACUUUUAAAGCUUGCAUAUUUUUAUGUUAUGCAUCGAUUCAUUGUUCUGAUAAGAUCGGGGGCCAAGAUGCCAAUCGGUUACGCAGUAGCGAACGAAACGGUAAUGUCUAUCACUAUUCCAUAUAAGUGCGACAGAGAGACAUUAGCGUUUCGUUUGCUGUGACGCAAACGAUUGGCAUCUUGGCUAGGCCCCCAGUAGUAUGAACACUCGAUGGAGUAGUUCAAGCAGAAGAAUGUUUAAAUGCACAAUUAGUAAAUUGAUAAUAAAGGAAAUAUUAAAUGCGAUGCUAUAUUUUACCUCCAGGGCAUUGAUGAAUAGGCAGGUCCACACGGAGCGAGCAUACGCGCUGUGUGGACCCGCCUAAUGAGGCAUUCCUCUAUAUAUGUGCAUUAUUACUAUAAGUUGUUCACUGCAGCAAAUUAUAUGCAGACAACAUUUCAGGGCAGUAUUCAAAUACCAAAUGUCUAGAUAGAUUUCUUUAUCGUGAAACGUAAGUGUUGUAAUUAUUUUUAUAAUGCUUGUAUACUGCAGACAGAAGGCAUGUAAACAACAAAAUCAAAUGUCUCCCACGUGUAUCGUAUUUUCGUGCAUAUUUUUUAUUGCGAUGUUGCGCUUUAUUCUUAUUUUAUUAUAAAAUGACGAAAAGUAAACAACCACGGUGGACCACCAUUGAACUGUCUUCAAUAUGAUAAGGAAUAGUAUCAUUAGGGUGAGCGAACAAGCAAUGAAAUAUCAGAAAAAUAAAUUGGUGGGUACACACAGAACGAGCCGCCUCGCGAGGAAAGUGCCGCGCGAAACCGCUCGGUCGGUGGUGACGUGCCUCGCUCGAGGCACUGCGGUCGCUAGUGCGCUUGCUUCGCCCGAGGCACGUCUGCACAUACCGAGCUAUUCCGCGCGGCAUUUCCCUCGCGAGGCGGACCCGCCUAAUAACGUAGACAUAUAAAUUUGUUUAUUGCCUAACCGACGCCUUGACUUUCGGUUUCAUUUAGUUCUCGUAACAUUCAGUUGCGCUAGGUUUUACAGCCCUGACUUUAAUUUAGUUAGAUUUAGACAGUAAAUAGGUGAAGGUCGGAAUUAUGUGUUUAUCUGUAAAUAGUCUUAAAGAAUCACACGUGUACAAAUAAAAUAUAUUUAUGAUAAUAUAGUGAUGCAACCAUGGAAAUAAAUAUUUUGUGACAUGAUGUAUAGUUAAGCGACAGUAACAUAGUUGCAGCAAGCUAUUUUCAGUAUGUUACGUAAAGAGAUGCUCACAGGGCUUCACACAGUUCUUGCAUCAUGUCACUUAGGAGCGGUCAUCGUGCGCGGACAAUUUCGUACUAUGGUGGGGAAACACCUGGGAACCUGGUAAUAUAAUCUUUUGGACGCCAAAAACACCUAUAGGCGUCGAUACUAGUCGUGCCCGCAGCGCCUAGGACAACUAUAAGUGUUAUUGCGAACGCUGUCAAUGAAAACUUCACACUUUCAAGUAAGGUUUACAGCUUGCUUGCGCCCGUGAUCUUGGCGCGUCAGUGACGUUUUUGUUUAUGAUGUAAAGCGUUCAAAAGGUUAAUACUCUAAAUUUAUAAACUUAGAUAGGAUUGCCAGUAUAUCUAAAAUAGAAAUUCUAUCUGUCAUAAUCAGAAUAGAGUAUUGCCAGUAGUUGGGUUAGAAUUGCUAUCUUACAUUGGCAAUCCUUUUUAGCGAAUUUAAAGGAAUAAUUUUCGCUCAGAUCUCUCAAUUGCUCGUUCACAAUUAUAUCACAGUCGCUUUUAUAUGUAGGUGCGACAACAAUAUCUGUGCAAGUGAGACGAUAAAAUAUGUCCGAAAUGGUUCGUGGUCGGCGGCCGCACUUUACUCGCACAUAUCAACUGUCCACCCCACUCACUCGCUCGUGUAACAAACGCACAAAUACAUAUAGCAUAGUACACUACAUUAUCGCAGAUAGCUGGUUUAAUAGAUGUGCAAAGUCGCAGAAGAGUUUUGAUUAAACAUCUCUAGGUAGCGCUGAUUCUCCGUAUAUUUUGGACACUGCAAUUUGGCUUGGCAAGCGGAGCAAUACGUGUGUAUACAGCCCGCAUUACAUCGUUCAUUAUUUUGCUUUACUAACCACGGCAGAUUGUGUUGCCAGUGUAUGCAACACCUUUGUGGUAUGGUUUGUUUUGUUGGCUGUCAAAUGCUCGACAAUCAGACCGCAUCACUAGCAAUAUAAAUGGUACGGCGCCGUGUUUACCACCUCCAAUAAAGUUAUAUUCACAGCUCAUGUCUUUAAAAUGGCUUUGCACAUCUAUUAAGGCUAUCUGUGGCAUUAGGUGGUUAGUUUCACCAGAAGUUCAAUUUUAAUAUAAAGAUCUGAGAAGUACUCGCAUUUUGACCAAUUAUCAAAAAUGUUAUUAUAAUAUUAUAAUAGCGGUACUGGACAAUAGAAAAAUGCAAUUUUCAGAAAUAUAGCUCAUAUAUGGGCUGCUCAUAGUUCAUCUCAACGGUUAUCAGAUAACACUGGCAAAAGGUAGAAUUGAAUUAUAGGUUUACUGCAUACUUAUAAGUAAAGACAUCUUUAAAGUGUGGUAGUGGUACUAUGCCCGAUGGAGGGUUUCAGCAUAAAUAAUUAAAUUAAAAUAGGUUUUGUUUAAACGUUAAGUCCCAUAGCCUGUAUCAAUCAAUAAAUCUAAGACCUCAGACAAGUUAUCAAGAGCAAGGAUCUCUGUGUAAUAUGGACAAUAAGAGUUACCAGUUUCUGCAAAACUUGUUACAUUUGCGAUCAUAUGAUUGCCUCGCCGUAGCGGGCAUACACUUGUAAAAUAAAGUAUUCAUUGCUCAUGAGUGUUCAACCAAUCUUUGCCGUGUUAAUUGUUUGUGUAAAUAUUUCUGAUUGUACAUACUAUGUAUGCUGUGUGUAGAACCUUAACUUAGGAUGUUUCACGUUUUUAGUGUUGUAAGACAUUUAUCAAAUACGAGAGUACAUUUGUACCGACGCGUUCGGGUUAAUGUCAAUAGACUUGUGUUAGAAAUUGUUAGAGAUAAAGCUUUGGUUUCUACCUCUUCAGAAUGUCUGAAAUAUUUAAAAUGUUGGUAUAUCUUGCAAUCUGCAGGCGAAAAUUAUUUUUAUGAUGGUGCAUUAUGUGUAAUUUUGUAAGCAUGAAAAUUAAAACAACAUCGUGGCUAUGAACUUAAACAUAAAAUGUGAAUUCUUAUAUAAGUCUGCUAUGCACGGAGAAUUCGCGUUUAUUUUGGUUCAUUUUUAAAUGUGUAUGUUGCAAAUGAGUUUAACUAAUAUUAUAGUUUUGUUAAUUAUUAUAUUUUACAUGUGUACAUAAUUGUAUCUUAGACUAAGUAGUCGAUUUGAAAUCAUUUUCCACGGGUCACCGAGCUUGAAACUAACGUAAGAUCAUGCGUUUUCUGGUCUUAAAAUAUGUUCGCAAUACACUUGGUUGUUGUACAGUCGCCAUCAGAUAUAUCGGAGCGGCUGAGGUGCUCAAAAAUAUCUAAACACGCACUCUAACGGCUUGACAAUAGUACAUAUGCAAAUAUGGCUUUGUCCCUUUCGUUUGCGAUAUUAAAGCAAAAGAUACAACAUGAACAAUUGGGCAAAUAGACCAAGUGUGUUACGGCAUUAGGAAACGCAUAGGAAUUCUAUGUCUGAAGCAAACUACAUAAUGUUUACUCCGAUGUUCAUGGCAAUGUUGUCACUGGUCUAUCUUCGUGUAUUACGAUAAUUCUGUACAGUUCUACAAUCAUGUACGAUUUUGCUUACAUCACAGUAUACGUACCUAUCUCUGUAAAUGUGUUCGAAAUAAUUGUAUUCAGGACUUGAUGGCUAGUACACCAGAUUGAUACCUAUUUGAUAAAAGUGUCUACUGUAACAUAUAUAUUAAACUAUCCAGUGGAAACACUUGUUUUGGAUAUGUAUUGUGGCAUGUUUCGUCCAGGCCAUUCCGUUGAGCGGCGAUAAUAUGACCUUGAAUAACUUCACACUCAUUGCUGCGAGCUUUUCUUUCUGCGAAGAUAUUCUGUUGAAACCAGCUCAACAUCUCUAUUCAAGGGAAUAUAACAAUACAACUUAACGUCUGUUUUAAAGAGAUUGCUCUGCAAAAAGAGAGCAAUUUUGACGUGACGUCAUUCGACGUCAUAUUUCGCAUCUCAUGAGUGGCCUAUGCGAAGCGUCCUUACACUAGGAAUGAAACAUUUUUUAAAUGUACGGUCUUUGUUGGCGAGAAUGUAUUCCAAAAAUUCUUUAUUUCCCGAUGUAGCAUCGUUCUGGCAUGUCGUGUCGAGUAGAUUGUUUUAUGUAAUUUAAUGUUCAACUAGCAUUACUUAUCUUUACACAUGAGACACUUUGCUGUAAUAGUAUCCUUCGAUUACGAAUAUAUGAACUAUUAUACGAAUUAAAACCUUUGUUAUCAGUUGUUAUCGUUUGGAGAAUAUUUGUGAAGAUGAAAUGGUACGCUCCUAAUGGCAUUAGUACCUAGCGUGAAACAAUGAAAAUUAUAAUAUUAUUGUGCCUGAAUGUCGCGUACUUAAAACUUACGCUAAGCUUUCCUAAAUGGAUUUAAAAUCCGAUAAAAUUAAUUUCUAUAUUCUUCCCACUACAUUUUUAUUUAUAUACUUUCUUUUUCCAUAGUGCCAAUACAUUUAUAUCCAAUCGCAAAAUUCGUAGUUUUUUCUUCAAAACUUAGAUAUGAUAGGGCUGUAAAAUAAGGUUUAAAAAUUAGUUUAAUGUUAGAAGAUCCUCAAAAAGUGCACUAAAAGCAUAAUAGGGAGGUUAUUACGUUGUGCUCUGACGAGUGUGUGUACAACCAGCAAGACUGUCAAUUGCUGUAGAUAUCCUCUUUAUAAUAGUUAUAUGAUAUAGUAUUUUUAUUAGACAAAAAUACAAUAAAUGUGUGAAGUCCAAUAA